AUGGCUUCGCUGCCGAGGUACUUCAGAGUAGUCAUACGAGUCCGUCCUCCAUUGGACCGCGAGCUGUGUUCACCUGUUUGGCAGCAUGUUGUGUCGGUGCCGGGGACCACACAGAUAUGUUUAUAUGAGACGGUUCCCGAAAUGAAUGCCGCCGAUAGAGCAAGCGGCACAAGCCAGGUUGUCAACACUCACACCUUUUCCUUUGACCAUGUGUACGAUCAGAAUGCAUCCCAACCAGACGUUUACGAGAGCACUGCACGUACAUCUGCCACUUAG